AUGACUACAAAGUCUUCAUACCGGAUCGCCUCCAUCCCCGGAGAUGGAAUCGGUCCCGAGGUAGUCAGUGCCGCAAUCCAAGUGGUAGAAAAAUUGGCAAAGACCUUAGGUACAUUCGAUAUCAACUUCGAUCACAUCCCAUGGGGCACAGCACACUACAAGCAAACCGGAAGCUACGUGACCGGCAAUGCCCUCGACACCCUACGCAGCUACGAUGCAUCAUUGUUCGGUGCUGUAGGUGCUCCCGACGUGCCUGACCACAUCUCCUUAUGGGGAUUGCUCUUAGCAAUCCGAGGCCCUCUCCAGCUCUACGCCAACGUACGCCCCGUACGAACCUUCCCAGGAACAAAAUGUCCCCUCACCACCGCCACAGAAGGCAUCGACUGGAUGCUCGUCCGCGAGAACUCCGAAGGCGAGUACGCAGGUCAAGGCGGACGGUCCCACGUCGGCCAGCAAUGGGAAGCAGCAACAGAAGUAGCCCUGUUCACGCGGGUCGGCAUCGAGCGCAUUAUGAGAUUCGCAUUUGAAAUGGCGCAGUCCCGGCCGCGUAAGCUGCUGACUGUUGUUACGAAGAGUAACUCCAUGCGCAACGGGAUGGUUCUUUGGGAUGAAGUUGCUGCUUCUGUUGCUAAGGAUUUCCCGGAUGUGACGUGGGACAAGAUGCUUGUCGAUGCGAUGACUGUGCGGAUGGUUGCGAAGCCGCAGUCUAUUGAUACUAUUGUUGGCACGAAUCUGCAUAUGGAUAUUCUAUCGGAUCUGGCGGCUGCCUUGGCUGGUUCGAUUGGUGUUGCGCCUUCUAGUAAUCUUGACCCCACGCGCAAGAAUCCUUCAUUAUUUGAGCCUGUUCAUGGGAGUGCUUUUGAUAUCACUGGGAAGGGGAUUGCGAAUCCUGUUGCUACUUUCUGGUCUGCGGCGGAGAUGCUCAUCUGGCUGGGUGAGAAGGAUGCCGCGGCUAAAUUGAUGGGCUGCGUUGAACGCGUUUGUGCUGCCGGGAUUCUGACGCCAGAUCUUGGAGGAACCUCUGACACUCAGGGGGUCGUGGAUGCUGUGUGUUUGGAGGUUGAGAAGUUGGCUUGA